UCUGCUCAGAUGUAGCCAAUCCAAUCCAGUGCAGUGGAUUUUGUUUCUUGUUCUAGUGUUGUUGCUUGUUAGCCUCUCUGUGCUUCACACCUAUUUAAUAUCGUACAAAUCCGAUCAGACUGAUCUUCCGGCUGACGCAUCAGUAGCACGAGAAUCAAUUAUUUAAUCGAUUAUUUCGUGCAGGUGUCUCGUCAUCUUGUGCUUGAAUCGAGAAAUUUCACGGGGAACGGUGUAUACCUCUCUGCCCAUUCAGCUAUUUUCCUUAAGGGCGCCAUAAAUCACUUCUAGGAACACGACAGCUGUCCGUGUUUUUACGUGAGGAUAAGUGACGGUAUUUUGCGUCUUGUGGCAACGACUUUUUUCGCUAGCACAUUUAUUUCUUGCCCUAAAAGCGCCCGACCGACUUUUGCUGUUGUGGCAAUGGAGGACGUUCCCAUGUGUUCCGGUGCAUACAUUCCGCAAAGCGAGUUGUACCACACUUUCGACGACGGUAGACGCACAUCGUACGUAGCCAGCGAUGUCCAGCUUCCUUCAGCCGCCUCAGCUCCCGUGGAGCACCGUGGGUUUUAUUACUUCGACCCGCAACUGAACCAACCAGUCAGUUCGGCCGUGUGGAGCACUGGCGAUUGCAGAACCCCGCAAAGCAUAGGUAUUCCAACUGUGUCUCUAAAUAGAAACUCUUCCAACUUUAAGCACUAUGCUAAUCAAUGUGCCAACGUCGGAUCAAACGUAAGGGCCAGCAAACAGAAGGGUUCUGAGGAACGAAGCCGGAGAAAAGGCGAACCCUUUCGAUACGACCGGCGUUUUUAUAACCGCACGCACAAUGAAUGGGCACAGCCCUGCAGCGUGCCUUAUAGUGAGGCCUCUCAUAGCAAUAACUCCUCUCCGAAAUGCACCGGUGAUGGAAUAUCACCCGGUACACCUUCCGCCAGGAAAGCGAGGAAAUCUGCGAGAGAAAGAAGGAAUCCCACGAAUCAGCCGCCUCCAAAUGGCGUUCACGUUGUUGAAGAAGUCUACAAUCACUGCAGCCAGCAAAACGUUAACGUCAGGUCUUCGAGGAAGCAGUCGCAACAGAGAUAUGAGAGGAACCAAGGUCCUCAAAGGGCUGAAAAAGACAAGGAGCAACAUCCGCCUGCAGGCCCCGGAGGAGCUUCAACCUCUGGGUCAGCGGAAACUUCGCAAGGGGCCACAGCUAGAAAGAAUCGUAGUCCUCGUGUGAACCCGGGACCUCCAGCUGCUGCACGUCAAGACCAAAGAGCCAAGUGGAGGACGAAAGAAAAUCACGAGGACAGCGCACGGUGGAAAGACGAAGUGGCGAGGCACGCGGGAGAGGAAGGACAGCGGAGCGCGGAACCUCGAAGGACAGCGAAGCAGGACGAAAUGAAAUGGAAGAAGGGAUGCAACUUCCCGAUGGUUUGGCUGCGAGAAUCUGCGAUCGACAGGAGCAUCUUUCCCAAGAAAGUGCAGAGCUCUUCAGUCAGCAGGGCAGACGACGCACCGCAGAAAGAUCGCCUGACGGAACAGCUGAUGAAUGGCGACUGCGAGUGCAUGAUUUGCUGCGAGCGGAUGCGAGGAUCGGACCCCGUCUGGUCGUGCUGCAACUGCUACCAUAUCUACCACCUGCACUGUGUCCGCAAGUGGGCCACCUCACCUUCUGCCAUUGUUAAAGAGGGUGGCUGGCGGUGCCCGGCAUGCCAGCACACAACCAAAGCUGUGCCGCAUCAGUAUUUCUGCUUCUGUGGGAAGCGCGUCGAUCCAGAGUGGAACCGCUACGGAGUCCCACACAGCUGCGGAGAGAUGUGCGGCCGUAACAGGGGCUGCGUCCAUCGCUGUACCCUUCAGUGCCACCCGGGACCGUGCCCUCCGUGUUCUGCAACUGUACGGAGGCCCUGUCACUGCGGACGGAUUACGAGGUGCGUGCGAUGUAGCCAACAACAGGACCUGAGUUGCGGGGAUCCCUGCGGGCAGUUGCUCAACUGUGAGAUUCACACGUGUGAUGUUCCGUGCCAUGCUGGGGGCUGUAAACCUUGCGAAAAGAUCGUAACACAGAGGUGCUACUGUAGUAAGAAGAGCAAAGAGGUGACCUGUACGAAAGAGAUGAACGUGUCGAGCGAAUACUCCUGCGGGGAAUCGUGCGGCCGCCCACUCGAAUGCGGCAGCCACGACUGCUCCAAGCCGUGCCACUUCGGGGAGUGCGGCGACUGUCCCAGACUGCCCCACCUGGUGUUGUCCUGUCCGUGCGGUCAGACACUACUCGAGGACAUUGCUGGGACCAAGCCACGGACGACGUGUACUGACCCAGUGCCUCUCUGUGGAAGCACCUGCGGGAAAGAAUUGCAGUGUGGUCCCAUUGACAAUCCCCACCGCUGCCAGGCCAAGUGUCACGAGGGGGAUUGCCCGGAUUGUCCCCUGUCCACGCUGAUCCGCUGCCGCUGUGGCGCGACCUCCCGGGACGUUCUCUGCAUGGAGGCUGCGAGCUUAGAAGAGCAGACGUGCCAACGGCGUUGUCAGAAACGGCGUCAGUGCGGUCGUCACAAGUGCCUGGUCAUGUGCUGCGUGGACACGGAACAUCCUUGCCCCCUCACUUGUGGGAAGAGGCUCACGUGUGGUCUCCACGUCUGCCAAGAGCCCUGCCAUCGGGGAAACUGCCACACCUGUUGGAACGUCAGCUUUGAAGACCUGGCCUGCCAUUGCGGAAGCACAAGCAUUAGUCCUCCAGUGCCGUGCGGCACGCGGCCACCAGAGUGCAGUCAACCUUGCUUACGGCCUCACCCAUGUGGCCAUACCGUCACGCACACGUGCCACAGCGAAGACUUCUGUCCACCUUGCGCAGCCUUAACUGAGAAGUGGUGCUAUGGGAGACACGAGAAACGCAAGGCAGUGCCGUGCUUCCUCGAGGGUCUAUCCUGUGGCAUGCCCUGCAACAAAGAGCUGGGUUGUGGACUGCACCGGUGCAAGAGUACGUGCCAUGCGGGACCCUGUUUGACGAGCGAUGCGUGUGAGCAGCCAUGCCCAAGACCCAGACCUUCCUGUGGCCACCCUUGUGCUGAGGCUUGCCACACGGGAAAUUGUCCCAGUACGCCCUGCAAGGCAGCUGUGACCAUUACCUGUGCCUGCGGUCACCGUUCAGAACGUGUGAGCUGUGGAGAAGGCGGCCCCGCUUACAACCAGCUGUCAGCCUCUGUCCUGGCCACCAAGCUUCAAGGCAUCCAGCUCGGAGAAUCGGUUGACAUUGGUGAAGUUAUGGCCCUCUCAAAGACCAAGCCUUCGAGGUUAGAAUGCAAUGAAGAGUGUGCGCUGGUGGAACGAAAUCGUCGCCUCGCUGCAGCCCUUCACAUUCAGAACGCUGACCUCUCGAGUCAGGUUGGCACGUCCUGCUACUCGGAGUUUCUCAAGGAGGAGGCUCGUAAAAACCCGGCCUCCGUCGCUGCUGUCUACCAGAAAUUGACUGAGCUGGUCCAAACUGCUAAACAGUCCAAGCAGAAGUUCCGAAGCCACUCCUUUCCCUCGAUGAACAGGGAUCAACGCAGAGUAGUCCAUGAGUUGGCAGAGUCCUUUGGAUGCGAAACACAGAGCUACGACGCUGAGCCUCACCGCAACGUUGUAGUCACUGCCCACAGGGAAAAGUGUCACGUUCCAAGCGUGAACCUCAUGUCUCUGGUCCGCCGAGAGACAGGACAGCGUAAAGGUCCCGCUCCUGUAUCUGUGGCUUGGAGACGUGAUCAGCAACCAGCUAGUGCCUUUUUUGGAUUAUCCGCAAAUUCUUCGGCUGCAUCGUCAUCAAAUUCAGCUCAGCGUGAUGAGCCAAAGUCGUCCUGCCUAGAUUACUUCAAUUAUGCUUCAUAGGAGAGUGGCAGUAGCUAGCUACUGGCCACUGGAAGAGCAAGAGUAUGGUGACGAUAGGACGCAAAGAAAAUUUACAGGAGGCUUUCUUAUUACUUUUUUUUUUUAAUUAUUGUGCCAGUGCAGUAACAGCAACUUCUGCUCCUGCUGUAAUUUGUUGUUCCACCUUUUAUAAAAGGUGUGAUGAUGUGAUCAUUUUGUGAAUUUUUUAUAGUCUGCUUCCAUAAUAGAUAUUAAUAAAAAAUAUUUUCAAUUCACUUG